AUGGGCUCCCUGACCCAGCUUCUGUAUCUAGCAGUUCAUCCAAAUCAGCUUAGGUCCAUAUUACAAUGGAAAUUAUGGCACGACCCAGUUCACGCACGAAAUCAAGAAAAAGAAUCACCAACUCUCAAAGAAUGUUUCAAAUACCUUACGUUGACUAGUCGAAGCUUUUCCUCAGUGAUACAAGAGUUAAAUCCUAAGUUACUCGUACCGUGUACACUUUUCUAUCUAAUCUUAAGAGGCCUUGAUACAAUCGAAGAUGAUAUGACUAUACCAUUAGAAUCAAAAGAACCCCUUCUUAGAAAUUUUCACAAAAUCCUUGAUGAAGAAGGCUGGAAUUUUAAUAGAAACGGCCCAAAUGAAAAAGAUAGAGAGUUACUCGUACACUUUGAUGUCGUUAUUUUUGAAUUUAAUUUGAUCGACACCGCAUACAAAAAGAUCAUUAUCGAUAUUACAAAUAAGAUGGGUAAUGGAAUGGCCGAUUAUGCUUUAAACGCUGAACAUAACAUCAAUGGAAUAAAUACUAUCGAAGACUAUGAAAAUUACUGUCAUUAUGUCGCAGGAUUGGUCGGUGACGGGUUAACAAGGCUCUUUGUAGAAAGUGGCUUUGCGAACCCAGCGUUACUGCAGUGCCCAAAACUUGCGGAAUCUAUGGGGCAAUUCCUGCAGAAGACAAAUAUAAUCCGUGAUAUACGAGAAGACUUUGAUGACAAAAGACGGUUUUGGCCUAAGGAAAUCUGGUCUAAUCAUGUAGAAAAAUUUGAUGACUUAUUCGAGCCCGCUAACCUACAAAAAGCUUUAAACUGCAGUUCAGAAAUGGUUCUUAAUGCACUUUCACAUGUAGAAGACUGUCUUUUCUACAUGGCUGGAAUCAGAGAUCAAAGUGUGUUUAAUUUUGUGGCAAUUCCUCAAUCAAUGGCCAUAGCAACCCUAGAACUUGUCUAUCAAAAUCCAAAAAUUUUCGACAGGAAUGUUAAACUUUCGAAAGGUGAUGCUUGCCAGUUAAUGAUGGAUUCAUCAAAGAACCAACGUUCUGUGUGUGAGAUAUUCAGAAAGUUUGCGCAACGCAUACACAAGAAGAACACUCCAAAGGAUCCUAAUUUCCUACAGAUUAGUAUCGCUUGUGCUAAGAUAGAAAAAUCUAUCGAGACACUAUAUCCGUCACAGGAUCCUAAAAAGUUGUCUCUAAUUCAUCAGCCUAGCACAGCCGAAGAAAUAGCUCGCAAGUCUGAGGCGGCGAAAGAUUUAUUCUAUCUUUUCAUCGCUGUACUUGGUACAUUACUUGUGAUAUCUAUGACUAUGAUAGGAGCUGCAUACCUAGCUGGUGCGCGUCCUUACUAUGCGUUAGAAGAACUAAAGAAGCUCAGCGCGACUCAUUCACCUAGAAGUGAGCAAGUACGUUCAGAGCUGUAA